GUUUACGCCUCCGUCGUACUAAACUGUGUUCGUCUUUAUGACAGGUUUUGAUAAUGCCAAACCGCCGCGACAUAUCGAAGCUAAAGUGAGCAAAACUAAGGCGAAGGAACAUGGCAUGAUGACUUGAGAACCAAGAACCCAGAAUCAAGAACGAAGAACUAGAAUUGUAUUGAGUCGGUCUUAAUGAACGGAUGAGAAUCUAUAUUCGCUCCUCCAACUUCCAAUUGUGGUUGGUGAUCAAAAAUGGCGAAGAAAUCCCUAUGAAGAAAGUGGGAGAAACCACGGUCCCAAAGACCGAAGACGAAUUUGAUGCCGAGGACAUCAAGAAGAUCGAAAACUAUGCAAAGGCCAUCAAUAUGCUAUAUUGCGCGGUCAACCCCGAUGACUACCGAAAGAUCUCCUGUUGCACAACUGCCAAGGAGAUGUGGGAUAAGCUCGAAGUGACGUACGAAGGUAGCGAUCAAGUUCGCGAAGCCAAGAUCGACUAUCUCACCCAAGAGUACGAAAUGUUCCGGAUGAAAGAAGACAAGAACAGGGCAGGCACCUCCGGAAAAUCCAAGUCCAAAUCCCGGGCUCCAUCCACGACCUCUGAGGAACGCCUCUACUACGGCGAUGGAUCGUACCUCUGGUUCGAUUCCGAGGAGGAGCGCACCCGAUUUCUCACCUUUUUCUCCAAACGGGUUGUGGCUCCCCCACGAAUCAUCCCAGAGCGCUACCCGGAAUUGCAGGGCUACGACGACCUCGACGCGCAGCUUCAUCAAGCCAGCCUUUGGCUGUUCGUCUCUCGGGCGCGCAAGGAGAUCAACCCGGCGCUGAUCCGGGCCUUCUACUCCAACCUCCGGCGUGAGGACGACGUGCUCUACUCGCUCGUCAAGAGCACGCCGAUCGAGCUCACCGUGGAGCAGCUUGGGCGCAUCGCCGGCCUCCCCUUCCAAGGCGACAAUGUGUCUCACUAUGGUGGCGAGGAUUGGGUGCUCAACAACGAGGGCCUUAUCCUCAACGAGCUUGGCAUCACCGAGCUCAAACGCCAUGCCUCGGGACGCCCAACCAUCCACUCCGCCAACCCCGACGGCCGCCUCGUUCUCUACAUCGUCACCCGAAUCAUCAAACCGAGGAAGCACGACCACACCAUCAUGCACGGUGAAGACCUCAAGCUUAUCCAUGCGAUCAUGCAUUCGGCCCCAAUCAAUUGGGCAAAGUUUGUCAUGAUCAACAUGACGAUUGCCGCGUCCACCGAGCACGACCACCUCCUCCCGUACCCGUUUUUGGUGAUGGACAUCCUUGAACGGUUCAAGGGUUGUUUCCUUCGAAGGUUCGUUGAGGUUCGUGUGACUCGAACUCUCAAGAUGUAUGGGUUUGUUAAGCACCGUUAAGCUUAACGAGAUAGUAGUGUAGCUCGAGAGAGUCUCUCGGGAGGCUGGAUUAGCCACAAGUUGUGGUGAACCAGGGUAAAAUCGGUGUGCCUCUUUCUUUUCUCUUUACUUCUCACUUAUUCAUUUUUAUUCCUGCGAUUUCUUGAUCAAACGCUAUUCACCCCCCCCCCCCUCUAGCGUUGGUCUAUUAUUCUAACAAAAAUAAAUACGAAAAAUAUAAAUACUAUUUUUUAAAAAAAUAAAAAUAAUAAUUUUCAUUUAACUUAAAUAGAAUUUUAGAAUCAUG